UAUGCGUGCGUCUUAAUUCCACACCUACAAGAUGAUUCAUGCUUGUAUGAAGCAACAAUUAAAAGAAAUAUAUUAAAGAUGGAUUACACGCUCUAGAAUAAAAGCAAGAGCUGUGCUCAACUCCGUCUGAGAUCUCCUCAACAGUCACGUCCCUCGAAUCAGGAUGGAGAGCCUGGAUGAACUGGAGCACCCGCUUUUGGAUGACAGCCCCACACACUCGUCCAGAACGGGCAACAGCGGCCUCUUCAAGGGCGUUUUUGUGAGAUGCGAAGAGGAAAAAAGACCCCCGUUGCUAGCAUGGAGGAGCGUUUCUGGUCCUACAGAUGUAUCUCAGCAGCAGCUGCUGGAUCCUUGUUCGCUCCCCAGCACACUCGAGUCCUUCUACACUACUUCUGCUCCACCGAUAUGGGGCCCUGCAGACUCCCUGGGCCUCCACAGCAAGGAAUAUCUGGAAACCACGUUCAUGGACGUCGGGCCCGGAUCUCCUCUGGAACGGAAGCUGCUGGCAGUAAGUAGAGACGUCCACAGCGUGUCCUACAGCAUGGAGGAUGAAGAUGACCUGCUGCCAGACUUUGAGGAUUCCUCCAGUGACGAAUUCACUGACACGGAAAGCGAAAGCAACUUCCCGCUCAUGAUCCCGCAGGAUCACCUCGGCCUGGCGUUCUUCUCCAUGCUCUGCUGCUUCUGGCCUUUAGGCAUCGCUGCCUUCUAUCUGUCUCAGAAGACGAACAAAGCGUGGGCGCAGGGCGACUUCCAGGCAGCGAGCAAGGCGUCUCGUCACACCCUGUGGCUCUCCAUCGUCUCCAUCAUCUUCGGCAUCAUCACCUACAUUUGCGCAGUCGCCGCGCUCAUCUCCUACCUGUCCGGGAAGCCGCCGUAACGUGUGCUCCGUGUCAGGCCCCUCCCCUUUUUUACAAUGCUGUCCCCGCCUCCUGAAGACACAAUGAAAUUCUGUUCAUACACUCACAAAGAUGUAUUAACACUGGGCUUUUAUUCUAAUUAACCUUCCCGGAUCGAAACCGUCUGGACUUGUAGAGGGAUGGACGCUAAUACGACAGAUGGGAAACGGAUCUCAGGACAAAUCUAACAGAAGAGACAUGUCUCGCAUUUUGUUGGAACACUUACAGCAGUGCAGCAAUGGCACAAUGCCAUGGAGCAAAAACAGCUUGCGUAGAUAAGAGCUGGCUCCUCCCAAAUGAUUUCUGAGACCCGAGGGUUUGUUUGAAGGACUUGACAAGGAUUAAAAGAACAGAGCUUUCUGCAGGUCGUGUUCCUCCUGCUCCUAUAAAACAAUGGCACAGUUUUAGAGUUACUAUAUCCAGUAACAUCUGGAUACAAUUUAUGGGACACGGCAUUAUUUCUGACAAUAAUUCUCUCCUGUUUCAAAUUUAUUUAAACAUUUAUUAUUAGUACGUGCUUUAUCCUGGUCAGGGUUGCGCUGGAGCCAGAGCCUAUCCCAGGAACACUGGGAAAGAGGCAGAAAUACACCCUGAAUGCGAUGCCAGUACACACAUACUCUCACACACACUCAUUCACACUUAGGCGUAAUUUAGAGUAGUUAAUUCAUGUAUCAGAAUAUUUUUGGGAGAUGGGAGGAAACCAGAUAGAAAAAUGGUAGAAUCCCACACGGGAAACUCCACACAGGCAGUAAACUGUGCUCAGGAUCGAACACGGGACCCUGGUGCUGUGAGGCAGCAAUGCUACCCACUGCACCACUGCACCACCCUUUCUCAAAUUUACUGUGUGCCAAAAAAACAUUUCUGUCCUAAAAGGACCAUAAAGGACAACGAAUGGACCAGUGAACAGACUUCAUGCAGCAAAUGUAACAGUUUCUGAGAGAGUUGGAAAGACGGAAUUACGUGGCGGCCUGGGAAAACCCUUCACACGGGUCAGAUUUCCUGCUGUAUACUUCUGUAAAGCUUCCGAUUUUCCUGAACUGAAAUAUGUUUCUCGUUUUUCAUGCGUCUCAAACAGAAGUAAAAUGGUAGUAUUAAAAAAACAAAAACAAAAAAAAAAAGGCGAUUAGCCCCAAAAGUGAAAAAGCAAAAAACAAAACAAAACUGCAUUUAAAGAUUUCAUUGUUCCACAUACCUCUGCAUUUAUAACCAAAACUACUUAUGAAAAAAAAAAAAAAAAACCCCAUUAUUGACUAAAUUUAAUGAAUUCUACGUCUACAAAGCUAAAUUAGUUCUCAAUUUGAUUAUCAGCAUCAUCCACAUUAGUCUCUGUCUCAUCCCGAGACAAAAGUCACUCACAGACUUCUUGUUGUCUCUUCACUCGACCCAUCUCUGCACGAACAUUGGUGAGGAAAUAAUCCCCUAUUAGUUCAGUCAACUCUGCACUCUUCUCUGUUUUGAUGAUGUCAUGGUGCAGGAUGCAUCAUGGACAUUUUGACAGUAUCUGCUGUCUGAAUCAAAAUAUAUUGAUUGGACUUAUGUUUGUUUUGCUGUGACAUACAGUGGUGCUUGAAAGUUUGUGAACCCUGUAGAAUUUUCUAUAUAUCUGCAUAAAUAUGACAUCAUCGGAUUUUCACACGAGUCCUGAAAGUAUACAAAGAGAACCUAGUUAAACAGAUGAGAAAUAUUAUACUUGGUUGUUUAUUUAUUGAGGGAAAUGAUCCUAUAUUACAUAUGUGUGCGAGUGGCAAAAGGAUGUAAACCUCUAGGAUUCGCAGGACGACUUGCCAUCAUUGAUGGAACAAUGAAUUCUGACGUAUACCAGCAAACUCUAAAGGGAAAUGUCAGGACAUCCGUCUGUGAACUGAAUCUCAAGAGAAAGUGGGUCAUGCAGCAAGACAACCACACUAAACACAUAAGUCUUUCUAUUAAACAAUGGUUAAAGAAGAAUAAAGUUAAUGUUUUGGAAUGGCCAAAUCAAAGUCCUGACCUUAAUCCAAUAGAAAUGUUGUGGAAAGACCUAAAGCGAGCAGUUCAUGUGAGGAAACCCACCAACAUCCCAGAGUUAAAGCUGUUCUGUACUGAAGAACGGGCUACAAUUCCUCCAAGCCGAUACGCAGGACUGAUCAACAGUUACCAGAAACGUUUAGUUGCAGUCAUUGGUCACAUCAGAUACUGAAAGCAAAGGUUCCCAUAUUUUCCCACUCACACUUAUGUAAUAUCGGUUCAUUUUCCUCAAUAAAUAAAUGACCAAGUAUAAUGUUCUUGUCUCUAUUGUUUAAUAUGUUUCUCUUGAUCCACUUUUAGGACUUGUGUGAAAAUCUGAUGUUGUUUUAGGUCAUAUUUAUCUGGAUAUAUAUAUAUAUAUAUAUAUAUAUAUAUAUAUAUAUAUAUAUAUAUAUAUAUAUAUAUAUUUAAAAAUAAUUCAAAAGGGUUAACAAACUUUCAAGCACCACAGUAGCAGCUUGAUCAACACGUGACUUUCACUGUGUGGGGAAAUCGCACUUAGUUAGUAAGAUUUCAGGCAGAAUAGCUGCAUCAACACUGUUUGUUAAACUGGCUCCUUACACAAGGCUAGGUUAGAAAGUAGCCUAAAUAAAAACAUUUCCACAUUAUUUUGGUAAAGUAUAUUUAUAGUCGAUGUAUAUUAUUGGCACAAAACCCCCUCGUUUUUUUUUUUUUUGUAAUUUCUGGCAUUUUUGCUACAAUGACAUACGAUGGGUUUUCCUAGACCGCCACACAAAUGUGACCCACUUUCACUACGCCAUUAAGAGAUGCCUCUCCACAGUCUAAUAAUAGCAGCACUGACACAGGAGCAUUUUCCGAAGUCAGAGUCACCUCACGUAGUGACUAACUGAGCAGUUGAGGGUUAAGGAUGUUGUUCAAGGACUCAGUGGCUCUCGGGCAGCCCUUGGAUUGGAGCUCAUUCAAUCCUAACCAGUGCGUGAGUACUGCCUGGGUUCAAACACAAGACCUGUAGUUUUUCCUCACUUGCUUGUCGUCUGAUCUCCACAGCAUUACAGUGUAUUUUUCCUGCUUGGGUGGAAAAAUUUGCUAAGACCCCCCCUUCAAUCCCAUCCCCCCACUCUCUUUGAUUACAGGCAUGCAGUGAGAUUAUGCCAUUAAUGUGUGUGUGAAAGUUUUGGGUUUGGGACUUUACACCAACUUUGUCCUUCCAUCCUUAAGACAACUUCAACUACUCUUCAACAUCUGCAUGGGGAUUGUGCACUGAGACCCUUGUAUAAAAAAAAAACAAACAAAAAAAAACAACUGUACCUCUUAAAAAAAAAAAAAAAGGAAAAAAAAGCCUCGGUGUGUGGGCGUUUGCUUUCGCCUCAGUAAGCCCUGUCAGGUUCCAGAAAAAUGGCCCUGCUUGAAUGAAGUGAGCCGAACAGAAGGGGUUCGAGUGAAGCCACGAAUAAAAGAAGUGCUGUGUGCAAACAUAUUGUUCAUUAUAGUUUUAUGCAACGCACUCCAUUAUAAUGUUGCUCUGUUGUUUGCUUGUCAUGUUUUCGUGUUCUACAGCUCACAGAAACAAUGAUUCAUCCUCAUGUGUUUGGUUAUAUAAUUACCAUGAAGCCAGGGUUGAUUAUUUACAGCGUAACUGUGGAGGUGUUAUUCUCUGCACUGACAGGAAAUACACAGUACACAAAACCUCAUAGACACUUCACUAAUAUAGGUAGGCAGUACACCUGAGUCAUACUAUUACAACCUUCAAACUAAAACAUUUACUUUUAAUCAUUAAAGCUAGACACUAGCAAGUGGACCAAAUGUAGCUGAUACUAAAUACGAGGGUCCGUUGCAGCGUUAGCAGACGUGCAAACGUUGCAGAGAUUCAUGCGUCUUAAUAUCGGAGCAUGCUAGUGUGAGUUACCAGGCAAAAAUAAUGACGGAGUGUAUGGACGUAACUGGGAUUAAACUGUACGCCAUGAAUUUACGAGUUAAUAAUGGGUUUAAUGGUCGUCAAAGUGAUGCUUAAAGUUUUUUCCAGAACUUUCUUUGUCGUUUUGAUAGCUUGGUCUUCAUGAAGCUUUGUUUGUUUAGGUAUGUUCUUUCCAAACAUAGCCCAGUUUUAUGGACUAUGUCGUGUAGAUUCACGACAUGGGGGCAGUGGUGGCUUUGCAGUUAAGGCUCUGGGUUACUGAUCGGAAGGUCGGGGGUUCAAGCCCCAGCACUGCCAAGUUGCCACCGUUGGGCCCUUGAGCAAGGCCCUUAACCCUCUCUGCUCCAGGGGGCACCGUGUCAUGGCUGACCCUGCACUCUGACCCCAAAUUCCUGACAUGCUGGAGUAUGCGAAGAAAACAAUUUUCACUGUGCUCUACUGUAUAUGCGACCAAUAAAGACUCAUCAUUA